UGGAAAAGGUCCGUUUUAAUCCACUCGAUCUGGUUCCCCCGACGAUUGCACACCAAGAAGAGCAUAUGCUGACCUAAAAGUAAGCACUGAGACUUCCUCUUAGAGGCGCUGCUUUUUUGCCCCCUCACCAGGACAAGCUCUCUAGCUGACGCUGACGCAGAGCAGGGGAGAACAACAGGCGUGGGGGCGAGCAAGAAAAAAAUCAACCACCAGCACAUCUGAUAACCAGAAGAUACUGAGAAGCAGCAUGGAGCAGCCUGUGGAAACUCCUCAGCCAGCGCCCCGGCGAAUCUCCCAGGAGAGACAGAGGAUCACAGGUCUGCCGCUGUACUUCCAAGGUUACCUGUCAGUCCGGCACUUGAAAUCCCAGGAAUUUAGAGUGUAUUGGACAGAACUGAGAGGAACUGUGCUCUUCUUUUACGAUGAUAAGAAAGCACCAACAUACUCACAGAAGCUAGAUAUAUCAGCUUUGACCUCAGCAACCAGUAUUUAUCCAAACGAAAAUGACUCGUCACAGUUCAUCCUGACACUGUCAAAUGAGGAACUAGAAGUGAAGGCUGAUAACUGUGAAUAUGGAAAAGAAUGGAAGGGUUUUAUUCUCACCGUAGCAAAGUUGUCAGUUCCACCAGAUGAGUUGUUACUACCUGAACAACUUAGGAGAAUGCAUGAAGUACUAGAGAAAGAAAAGAAAAGAAGGAUCAUGCUUGAUGACUGUUCCAGCGCAUCCCUGAAUAACGAAAGCCUUCCCAGCAAGAACGACAGCAGUACAGUGACUGCUAUGCCAGCCUGCUUCUAUGCAGUAUCUCGGAAAGAAGCGACAGAGAUGUUGGAAAAGAAUCCUUCGUGUGGGAAUUUGAUUCUGCGUCCUGGCAGCGACAGCAAGAACUACGCAAUCACUGUCCGACAUGGGCUGAAUGUCCCGUGCAUAAAACACUACAGAGUGAUGUCUAAAGAAACAAGUUACAUUAUUGAAUUGGAAAGAAAGGUGUCACUUGCAAGUCUUCAGGAUGUCAUCAAUUACUUUGUGACCCAAACCCAAGGAAACCUGAAACCAUUUGUCAUGGAGACAUGCCACAAUGCUCUGCAGAUGGCCCACAGUUCUGAAAGCAAAACAUGGAAAAGUCCUGCUGAAGGACAGAGGCACAAGGAGGAGCUUACAGGAACUCCACUAUUACAGCUAAGCUGA